ACUCUUUAGAUCUCUCUGGAAGAGGGCUGGUAUAUUUGUGCCUGCUGGAGGUGGAAUUAACAGUAAGAAGGAGAAAGGGAUUGAAUGGACUUACAGGAAGGAUUUCAAGUAAAUUCAGGGAAACACAUUUACUUGAAUAGUACAACCUUGAGUCUUAUUUUACACUAAGACGAUACAAAAGAUGUUAAAGUUAUCACCAAGCUGCCGGACAAAUAUAUAUUCCAACACCAAGGUGCAGAUCAGCAUAGAUCUGUGAUUCAGAAAUCAGGAUUUGUCUUGGAAAGAGCUCAAGGGUUGAGAAGAACUCCAGAACAAGUGAAGAUAACUUGGGAACUACAGUUUAUCAGAAGAUCAGCUUCCGUUAAUUCAAAUACCAAAGGCCUGAUUAUCAUAAAUUCAUAUAGGAAUGCAUAGGUCAUCUGAUCACAUAAUAUUGGCCGUCUUCUGCUCCAUCAAUGCAGCAAAAACUCUUAGCAACUGUGGAUAACUGGAAAUCUGAGUUUCAGCUUUCCUAGAAAUAACUACUCUUGACACAUUCCAAAAUAUUUAAUAUAGGACAGGAAAAUCAGUGAGGAUGUCGUGUUCAGAAAUGUCACUGUCAUGAAGAUAGGUAAAUUUGUUUUUACAGCUACUGGGAAAGUGUACCUCCUAGCAACUUAGAUUUCUUUUUAAGAACAAGGACAAGAAGGACUAAAAAUAUCAACUUUUGCUUCUGGACAAAAAUGCAUCUGACUGUAUUUUUACUUAGGGGUGUUGUGGGUUUCCUCUGGAGCUGCUGGGUUCUAGUGGGUUAUGCAAAAGGAGGUUUGGGAGACAAUCAUGUUCAUUCCAGUUUUAUUUAUAGAAGACUACGGAACCAUGAAAGACGGGAAAUACAGAGGGAAAUUCUCUCUAUCUUGGGUUUGCCUCACAGACCCAGACCCUUUUCACCUGGAAAACAAGCAUCCUCUGCGCCUCUCUUUAUGCUGGACCUGUACAAUGCCAUGACCAAUGAAGAAAAUCCUGAAGAGUCAGAAUACUCGGUGAGGGCAUCCCUGGCAGGAGAAACUAGAGGGGCACGAAAAGGAUACCCAGCCUCUCCCAAUGGAUAUCCUCGUCGUAUACAGUUAUCUCGAACAGCUCCUCUGACCACCCAGAGCCCUCCUCUAGCCAGCCUACAUGACACCAACUUUCUGAACGAUGCAGACAUGGUCAUGAGCUUUGUCAACUUAGUUGAAAGAGACAAGGAUUUUUCUCACCAACGAAGGCAUUACAAAGAAUUUCGGUUCGAUCUUACUCAAAUUCCUCAUGGAGAAGCAGUGACAGCCGCUGAAUUCAGAAUAUACAAGGAUAAGAGCAACAUUCGAUUUGAAAAUGAAACAAUUAAGAUCAGUAUAUAUCAGAUCAUCAAGGAAUACACAAAUAGGGAUGCAGAUCUGUUCCUGUUAGACACAAGAAGGGUCCAGGCUUUAGAUGUGGGUUGGCUUGUCUUUGAUAUCACUGUGACCAGCAAUCAUUGGGUGAUUAAUCCACAGAACAAUUUGGGCUUACAGCUCUGUGCAGAAACAGGGGAUGGACGCAGUAUCAAUGUGAAAUCUGCUGGUCUUGUGGGAAGACAUGGGCCUCAAUCAAAACAACCAUUCAUGGUGGCCUUCUUCAAGGCCAGUGAGGUACUUCUUCGAUCAGUGAGAGCGGCCAACAAACGGAAAAAUCAAAACCGCAAUAAAUCCAGCUCUCAUCAGGACUCCUCCAGGAUGUCCAGUGCUGGAGAUUAUAAUACAAGUGAACAAAAACAAGCCUGCAAGAAGCAUGAACUCUAUGUGAGUUUCCGGGACCUGGGAUGGCAGGUUCAUCUGAUGUUUCCUGACCAUGUACCAAAGCCUUGUUGUGCUCCAACCAAAUUAAAUGCCAUUUCUGUUCUGUACUUCGAUGACAGCUCCAAUGUCAUUUUGAAAAAAUACAGAAAUAUGGUAGUACGCUCAUGUGGCUGCCACUAAUAUUAAAUAAUUAUGGCAAUAAUAAAAGAUUUGUAUUAAGGUUUAUGGCUGCAAUAAAAAGCAGACAAAAGGGGAAUUUCCUAAAAUUAGUCUGGCUAAUUUCAUCUCUCUUCCUAUGUAUAAUAUCAUGUAUAUAGUCAUUUUUAUUUAUUUAAAGGUAUAUAUUCUCCUUUGUGGAUGCCUUAUCAGUUAAAUCUGCUAUAUAGGUCACUAUGUUAUAUAGCAUGCUGACUCCAAUUUCAUUCCAUUUCAACAUUUUUCCUCAUACAAUUUUUAUAUAAUUUUUGAGAUUAAACAGAACUCCUUUGACUGUUUAAUAUUGUUGAAGGAAAUUGAAUGCAUUUGGUUACAUUGUGCCAAUGAAAACUAUGAUAGGAUAUUUAUUUAGAAAUAAAACUUAAAAAAAUAACAACCCAAACAAAAAAUGCUUGGAUAAACAUAAUUUUUCUUUUACACUUUCUGCUUCAUUAGAUAAAGUGAAAUGUUGAACUGGAUUUGAAUAAAUAAAGGGUAGGCAGAACAUAGAAGCUGAAAGAUUGCACAUAAUUGUUAUAACCAUUUGGUUUAACAAAAUUUGUGUAACUGUAGGAGCAUGUUUCUUCUUGGCUUGUGAACUGUAGAUUUUGCAAGGAGCUCAAAGCUUCAGGAAUUCUGCGGAGACAGGCUUCAGCCUGUGUCCAUAACUUUCCAAGUUAACACUAAAAAAAAUUGUAGAACAACCUUCUUACCUCAAAUAAAUCAUGUCUGCCUAUUAUCUAGAACACUACUGCUGCAGAUUUUUUUUUAUUCAGAUUUAAAAACUUAGUCCAAAAUAAAGAAACAUUUACAUGUGCUCCAUUUCUCUCCCUACAGACAAGAGUCACUGCAUGCAUAAAAUGUGCUGGGGCCAAGGAUGCCGACAGAGCCAUUUUCUUUAGCCUUCCUUUAUAACUGAGUUUGCUGAUUGAUGUGAUGCAAGGGAUUUUAUUUGGAGUAAAAGCACUGAAACUAAACUGAAGGAAAUUACCAAAAAUCCCAGAAUGGCUUUGACAAAAUUGCCAUUUUGAAAGAACAGCUGAAAUCCAUUUUUCAUAUCUUUGAGAAUGAGCUCAGUGAAAACCUUUUUGUAAAGGGAUUUUGUAAACCUUCCUUCAAGCACAAAUAAUUUCAAAUGGGAAGAUUAUGUUGUGUGUGAGAGUAUGUGAGUGUGUAUAUGUGUGUGUCUUGUGUGAGUAUUCUUCCCUUAGAAAAUAAUUUAUUUUCUCUGUUGAAAUGCUUUUAAAGGCCUUUCUUUAACAAACACUGAUGUUUGGAAGCAUGACCUUUAGACUGAUAAUUUGCUACUUAUGGUGGCUCUAUGGUUAGGCUUAUUUGCAGCUCACUGAAAAUAUUUCUAAAACACCAUUUAUUAAUCAUUCCUUUGGAUCUUUCAAACAAAUCUUAUAUUAGCAAUGUUUUCAGAAUCAUUCUGGGUUUGUUUGUAAUUCAGGUAUAUUGCAAUAUUGUUUUAAAGUACAGUUUAUCUUACAGAAUAUGCUAUUAACUAUAUUGGGGUACAUUAAGUAAUAUAUUUUUAAUUAAUAGUGUACCAUUGAGAGAAUAAGAAAUGGAAGUCUAUUAUAUUAUUCUUUAAAUAUGCUGUUUAAAUAUAUUUUAAAAUACAUUAAAAUUGUAAUGCAAGUUUCUGCUGUGCUUGAUUUGGUUCUUUAUUUAAGAUAAAAUGUAUUUAUACCAUAAAUGUAGAGUAUAAGAAUAUUUCUCAAAUGUAAAACAUUUCUGAAUUAUGUGAUUUGUUAUAUUACUUCUGAUUACCACAAUUUAAAAAAAAUAUUUUUAAUAAUUAAGUCACUAUUAAAUAGACAAAGCACCAA